UGCGCCCCGCUAGAGCUGCCAGAGAGCACUCUGAGUCAUGCCGCCUCCCCGUCGCUGUCAGACUUCGGCCCUGAGCGAAGCCCAUUGGUGGUUCAGCUGCAGACUCCUCCCCCUCCAGCACAAACCCCGCCCACCAUCCUGCAGGACCUCCAGAACCACGACAGCUCGUCUUACGUUCUGCUCAACCUAGCCAAAGGGUUGGUGGCGUCGGCCGAGCCGCUGGUGUUCGUUCAGGACGAUGUGGACGAGGCGCAGGAGGAGGUUUCGGCUGGAGACUGCGCUGAUGACAGCGUGCCGUGGUACCUGCGGGUCCAGGAGCUGGCUCACGACAGCCUGAUCGCCGCCACACGCGCACAGCUGGCCAGAGACGCGCGGGCCGGCAGCAACAGUGACCACAUCCACAGCUGUCAAUCAGAGCCUCGGGUCGGUCGUGCCGCGUCAGAGAAGAUCCACCGAUGCUCGUAUGAGAACUGCCACCGGACCUUCACCUAUCCAGCUCACCUUAAAUACCACCUGAAAACACACAGGAACGACCGUACGUUCCGCUGCGGAGCCGAGGGUUGUGGGAAGAGAGAAAAGCCCUUCCUGUGUGAUGUUGAUAGCUGUGGCCGAUCUUUCGCAGAAUAUUCCAGUCUGCGCAAACACAUGCUCGUACACUCUGUUUCAGGAGAAAAGCCCUUCCUGUGUGAUGUUGAUAGCUGUGGCCGAUCUUUCGCAGAAUAUUCCAGUCUGCGCAAACACAUGCUCGUACACUCUGGUGAGAAGCCGCACGUGUGCUCCAUCUGCGGGAAGACAUUCUCUCAGAGCGGCAGCAGAAACGUCCACAUGAAGAAGAGACACAGCGAUGAGACGCUGCCUCCUGACAGCAGAGACACGGGUGAAGCGCUCACUCAGAGCAGUCUGCUGGAGGCGGACUCCGGCGGUGAUUCGAUGGUCAGCGUGAAUCUGCAUCACGCCAUCUUACCAACUCAAGGUGCGGCGGUCGUGGUUCUGACUCCGCCCCAUGACCUGGUCACCAUGACGACGGGCCACGGCUACAGCGAUGACGUGGUCGCUCUGCUCUAACAGCUGCUUUUGUAAAUAAACUCUUUUAGGAAAAACACGCUUCUCCAUUUCAUCAUCAAAAACACUAACGAGUGGGAACAUCUCAAACUCCUUCAAAUGAGACAUUUCUUUGUAUUAACUGCAAUGUGAAAAUAAACAUCAACAAAAUAACUCCUCCUCACAAGUGACAUGCCAAUAAACUAAGCAUGAGAUUCUGCCUUUAUGAGACGUCAGGUAUACACAUGUGAAACCCUGAAACGCACCGCUAAAGGAAGACUGGAGGAGGAUGAGUGUUUUCAAACUUCAAAAAUGAAACAAUGAGGAGAAAAGGGUU